UUAAGCUACUGGCCGUAUUGAUAUUUCUUCCUAGUGUCGCAGUUGUAGGGUUCAUCAGAUGGCUGAUAAUGCCAAAAGACUGUGUAAACGCAAGAGAGCCAGAGAAAAUGGUACAGAGGAAAUAAAAAAGAAAACAACGAAAAUCCAAAAUAGGACCACUGCGGAAAGUGACAUUAGACAAAGUAGCCAAAUUCACCCAAAGGUAAAGAAACUAAAAACAUAGGUCAUUACGUGUCUGAUCAAAUUCAAAGCGUUUACCAUUGUGAACUGAAUUGGAGCUUUAAUAUUAUUCCCAGGGUACAAUAAUCAGGGAAACUGAAGUGACAAGCAUAUAUGGCCAGGUUGGCAUAGGUUCUGUAGAAUUGCCUGCAGAAUUAAUUAACUGAGUGUGAAGUAUUGGUCAGCAGUCCACCUUUCUUUUCAGUGAGUGCACUAUGGUAUGCAGUUUGCUCUGCACUGGCUUCUACAGUUCCCACUUUUGCAAGGGGGAAGAUGGUGGCAUAUUGUUACUGUAGUUGAACUAGGAAUGUAGAGGCUGAGGCUAAUGCUCUGCAGGCAAGGGUCCAAAGCCAAUCCAAAAAUUGGUGAAAUUUGAAUUAAGUUAAUAAUAAUCUUGCAACGUGAAACUUUUCUUGACUGCACUCCGAAUUUGCUUCAUGACUGCAAAGAGCUUGCACUGCACUGGUUGUGACAAGUGCUAUCUAAAUGCCAGUUUUUCUUUAAAACUCUCUCCACUAUUCCAAACCACAUACUCUCUCUACUGUUUCACUCCUUCUCAGUCCUCUGAUUUUGUUCAUUUUACUGUCCUUAAGCUGCUUAGGCCUCGGCUCUAGAAUUCACCCCUACCUGUCAGGUUUUAAGAAGCAUCUUAAUAACAGUAAUGUAAUAAAAGAAAAGUACUUCAGCUGCUGGAGACCUGAAAUAAAAACAGGAUGUGCUGGAAAAACUCAGCAGGCUGCUUGCAUCUGUGGAGGAGAAACAGAAUUGAUGUUUCAAGUUCAAUAUGACUCUGCUUUGAAGUUUUUGAAGAAAAUUCAUAAUGGAUUCAAAAUGUUAAUGCUAUUUCUGUCUCUACAGAAGCUGCCAGAGGAGCAUGUACCUGUUUUCACCAUCAAUCCAGAAAGCAACCCCUGUGCCGUUACUUAUGAGCAGCUCUGUGAGCUGAUAAACUAUGCUGUAUUGGGAAAAGUGAGAAGUUCUCUUCCCAGCUGGUGCCAAGUUCACAAACAGAAAGAACUUAAAGGAGUAGCAGUGAUUGUUCUACAUGGAGUGAGUCAGAUGCACUUCUACAGAUACUAUCUCCAAUUUAAGCAGCUGAAGAAAAGGUUUAGAUUUAGAUUUAGCAUACCCCCUCCUCCUGAUGAUUUUCUACUUCGUAUUUUUGGAACUGAGAAAUUGCUCCCACGAGAUAAAAGUCCUAUGGUCAAUGGUACGCCUGCAGUAAAUGGUCAUUGUUUUAUGACAGAGAAUAAUAGCUGCGGACCAUCAGAUGUUGACAAUCAUCCCAUUAUUAUUAAAUAUGGCAGAAAGAAACAAGGCUUGACCAGUUUUUUGUUGAGUGAAGAAGAGCUGAUGAAGAAUGAUUAUCCUGUUGCAGGCACUCCUCAUUCAGACGGAUUUGUCCAAACUGGGUGUACAGCUAAAGUAACUGACAACAGUCCAUUGUUGGGCCUAGACUGUGAAAUGUGCCUGACCACAAAAGGGAAUGAGCUGACUCGUGUCUGUGUUGUCAAUGCAGAUGGCAGUUGUCUUAUGGAUGAGCUGGUGAAGCCAGACAACCCAAUCCUCAACUACCUCACCAGGUUCUCUGGAAUUACGAAGAAAAUGCUGAUGCCAGUGAAAACAAAGCUGGGGGAUGUUCAAGCUAAGUUAAAGAAGAUCUUACCCAAUGAUGCUGUGCUUGUGGGCCAUUCUUUAAACAAUGACUUGAAUGCAUUAAAAAUGAUUCAUCCAAAUGUUAUUGACACAUCACUGCUUUAUGCCAGGGACUUGGGUCAGAGAUUUAAGUUGAAAGUUUUGGCAAAAAGUGUUCUGGGGUGAGAUAAUUGUUUAUUUGCAUGGAUUGGUCGUUCUGGAAGCACAUGGUCAUUUAAUGAUUGUUAUUGGAAGGGAAAGAUAACUACUCAUGUACAUUUUGGAUGAAAUAUGUCUUUAAAUUAUUUAAACAAUUGGUGAAUUUGUUAGAUGUAUACAUUAGAUUAUUUUUAUAGGAAAAUGUGGGAUUGCUGAGUCUGGUUCUGCACUAAAGAUGAAGCACAAGGCUAUCAUGUAGAUGCACUUGAGAAAGGCUGUUUGAACUAUAUCCUUCAGAAAAAUUUGCAAUUCCCCUUUCCCAUCUUUGUUCUUCCAAUUGUCUUUUAAACAAAAUCUAUUCCCAAUUCCCUUAGCCCGUUGCCACAAAACUCUUGGCUGCCAGUUCUUCUCUCCUGAUUCCCAUAUAAGCUUAACCUUGUCCACUGGGAAUUGCUGGCAUGGCAAUUGUUCCUUUUCUUAUUCUAACCUAUCUCCUUCUAAACUUGCAGCAUUCUGUUCUCUUACUCUGUUAUCCAUCCUGCAGACACAUCAGCAAGUUCACUAGGGAUCACAGGGGUUGUAUUGUGCUGUUGUUUCUGUUGUUAAUCACAUUCAGGACUGAACCAUGCUCAUUCUGACAGUGAAGUGAGAGAGAUGGUGGUAUAGUGGACUGUGAAGAAGGUUAUCUAAGAAUACAACAGAACCUUGACUAGCUAGGCCGAUGGGUGGAGAAGUGGCAGAUGAGUUUAAUUUAGAUAAAUACGAGGUGUUGUAUUUUGGUAAGGCAAACCAGGGCAAAACUUACACACUUAAUGGUAGGACCCUGGGGACUGUUGUUGAACAGAAGGACCAAGGGGUGCAGCUUCAUUGUUCCUUGAAAGUGGAGUCACAGGUAGACAGGGUAGUGAAGAAGGCGUCUGACACGCUUGCCUUCAUUGGUCAGAACGUUGAAUAUAGGAGU